GUUUGACAUUUCCUCUAACAACCGUCAUGGUUCUGUAAGUUAUUAAACUACAAUCCGCAGAGCCCCGCCCCUUAACACGUGAUGUCAUUGAAGAACCUCAAUGUCCUGGAAGAACCAGCAGGUCCAGCAGAGGUUUGGAGGUCUUCAGGUUCAUUCAUGUUCUCUACAGAAGAUAGCCCGCCCCCCGGACCGGACCGGACCGGACCGCACUGUUCACCACUGCGUUUUAAAUAAAGUUUCAGCUGACAAACUGUGACGUAUGAACCUCCAGGCUCCGAGCGCGCGCGUGCCCGCGUCAGUGGCGCGCAUCCAUCAGCGUCCUCCUCCUCCGGACAGACGGACGCAGAACCGAACCGGGUCACGGACUGCAGAGCUUCGGACCGGACGGUAGAUGAUGACAUCAUCCAGGUGUUCCCCAGCACUGCUCCAGACCUAGCUUCGUUACCAUGGCAACAGGAAGAAAAGGCUCCACCUCCAAAGCUGGGGGGGUGCGUUUCCCUGACGACGACGAGCCUCCCGGCUCCCCGACCCGCAGGGACGACCAGUCCAAGCUGUCCAGCCUGCUCGCUGCUCCGGAGCAGGACGGCAGCUUCCUGGUGAAGGCCGGCUUCCUGAAGAGCCACCACACCUACGAGGUGGUCUUCACCCUCCCGGAGGUCCCGGCUCUGGGCAGAGAGCUCUCCACGGCGCCGUCCUCCUCCCCGUCCCGGAGAGCCCCCAACCUGCGAGUCCAGAGGAUCAGCUCCACGCUGGAGGGGGGGGUGAAGGUGACCUGUGAGUACAGGACUCACCAGGAGGGGGUGACCCAGGAGGACCUCACGCUGGUGACCAAAGGGAAGAAGGACCACAGUCUGAAGAUCCGAGUCCAGGCCAAAGUCAUCGACCCCCAUCACGGGACCCCCAUGCUGCUGGAGGGCGUGAGGUGCCUGGGCCCCCACCUGAAGCGCAGCAGCGAGCGAAAGCGGACGUGACGGAGGAAGGAGGCGCCGUGUCCUGGGGGGGGGGGUCUGGAUUAUGGACUAGAAAACGUUCAGAUGCUGAUGUUUGAUGCUCAGGACUUCCUGUAAAUAACGGCUCUGCCGCUGUUAUGCUGAGUCAUGUCAGGCGGGUCCCCCCUCCCCCCCCAGCCUCCGUCUGACAUCAGGGUAACCAUGACGACUCAGCUGAUGGAGAGGGCAAGCAGCCUGAACACCUAGAAAAGCUUAAAAUCAGAAUGUAAAGAUGAGUCAGCAU